UAGGGUAGUUUCAUGUUUAAGAAAAAGUAUUGAUUUUGUUAUGCCCGGAGGUGAAAUCCCAAAAUGGUUCAGCCAUCAAACAGUUGGCUCUUCAAUCAAGACACCACUGCCUAACAAUAUUCAGAAUGAUAGUCAAUGGAUGGGAGUUGCUUUCUGCUGCAUUUUUGUCAACGAUGAUGCUUCAAGGGAUGAGGAACUCACAUGUGAUGCUGUUAUCCAUCAUAGGAAUUCUGGACAAGCUGAUUCUGAUGGAUCUGGUUUUCGGGGUAGAAAUCCUCGACGUGUCUCUGUGGACGGCUGGAUUUUUUCUAAAGAAUAUAACCAGCCCAUAAUAAAGGACCACCUUUAUUGUUGUUUUUUGUUCCGUGACAGAUUAUAUCCAUUUUCCUUAGAGGAUAAAUGUGGUGAAAGUGAAACCGAGAAUUCAUCAACAUUGGAUUGCUCAAAUCAGGAAUUCGAUGAACUCCAGUUUUCAGUCAUAUCCGAUGAUAGUCACAUAAGUGUUAAGGUGAAGAAAUGUGGGCUUCGAAUAGUUUAUCAGAAAGAUUUGGAAGAUAUCAAUGAAGAUUCCGCCGCAGAUGGAUCAAUAGCUGAAGGUCCCCUUAUAAAGCGAAGACAUAAUGUUUAUGAAGAGACCGAGGCCGAGCCACAACCAAAAAGGAUACACAAGUUUUUCAAUUUAUGAUGGGCCGACCGG